AUGCCGCUGCAGAGAGGAAUCCAAAUAGUAGUUCCUAAUUUGUACUUGUCAAAGAGUCUUCCAUAUUCAACUUCAAAUUUUUCUCUAUAAUAAUAUAUUAAGGCUGUUCAGAAACAGGAGGGAUAAGAUUUAAUCUAGCACAAAUUUCUCUUUCUUACUUCUAAGAUCUCACUAGCUGACCAUUCUGAGGUUCCCCAGUAGUGA